UAUUAUGCCAUUUAUUUGGUGAAGGCUGCUCAGCAGUGGUGACCUCUCCCAAUCAACUACUCCACAAAUUAUUAUCUCUGGACUCCCAGCUGACACCCUGCCGGAGGCGAGAGCUGCAGAGACAACUGGAAUUGUGCCCAUUCUCAUCAAGGUUUUUUCUUACACGGGAGAAAAAAAAAAAGAUGAAGUUGGGCAAAGUGGAGUUCUGCCAUUUGUUGCAGAUAAUAGCUCUUUUCCUGUGUCUUUCUGGGAUGAAUCAAGCUGAACCCUCGAGGUCCAGGUCAAAGCCCUACUUUCAAUCUGGGAGGACGAGAACUAAACGCAGCUGGGUGUGGAAUCAGUUCUUUGUGCUGGAAGAAUACAUGGGCUCAGACCCACUCUAUGUAGGAAAGCUUCACUCUGAUGUUGAUAAAGGAGAUGGUUCCAUCAAAUACAUCUUGUCAGGCGAAGGGGCAAGUUCCAUUUUCAUUAUUGAUGAGAACACAGGGGAUAUUCACGCUACAAAGAGGCUGGAUCGAGAAGAGCAGGCCUACUACACACUCCGAGCACAAGCACUAGAUAGGCUGACUAAUAAACCCGUGGAACCAGAAUCUGAGUUCGUCAUUAAGAUUCAGGACAUCAAUGACAAUGAGCCAAAAUUUCUGGAUGGUCCUUACACUGCUGGAGUUCCUGAGAUGUCUCCUGUGGGUACCUCUGUGGUUCAAGUGACUGCCACUGAUGCUGAUGAUCCUACUUACGGCAAUAGUGCCCGAGUGGUUUACAGCAUAUUGCAAGGACAACCUUACUUUUCUGUGGAACCAAAGACAGGCAUUAUCAAAACUGCCCUUCCAAAUAUGGAUAGAGAAGCCAAGGACCAAUACCUACUAGUUAUUCAAGCAAAGGACAUGGUUGGGCAAAAUGGUGGAUUAUCAGGAACAACAUCAGUAACUGUCACUCUGACUGAUGUUAAUGACAACCCACCCCGCUUCCCACGACGAUCAUAUCAGUAUAAUGUCCCAGAGUCUUUACCUGUGGCAUCUGUAGUGGCCAGAAUAAAAGCUGCCGAUGCAGAUGUGGGACCCAAUGCUGCAAUGGAGUAUAAGAUUGUAGAUGGUGAUGGUUUGGGAGUAUUCAAAAUUUCUGUAGACAAAGACACCCAGGAGGGAAUCAUCACAAUUCAGAAGGAGUUGGAUUUUGAAGCUAAAACAAGCUAUACCCUGAGGAUAGAAGCAGCCAAUAUAAAUGUUGAUCCUCGCUUCCUAAGUCUGGGACCCUUCAGCGACAUGACAACAGUGAAGAUAAUCGUAGAAGAUGUUGAUGAGCCACCUGUGUUUACUUCACGUUUAUACUCCAUGGUGGUGUCUGAAGCAGCAAAAAUCGGCACUAUCAUUGGAACUGUUGCUGCCCAUGAUCCAGAUGCCUCAAAUAGUCCAGUCAGGUACUCAAUAGAUCGAAACACAGACCUCGAGAGGUAUUUCAAUAUUGAUGCCAACAGUGGAGUCAUUACAACUGCCAAGUCUUUGGACAGGGAAACUAAUGCCAUUCAUAACAUUACAGUCUUGGCCAUGGAGAGUCAGAAUCCAGUACAGAUUGGGAGAGGAUAUGUAGCCAUAACUAUCCUUGACAUCAAUGACAAUGCCCCUGAGUUUGCCAUGGAAUAUGAGACAACUGUCUGUGAAAAUGCUCAACCUGGCCAGAUCAUCCAGAAAAUCAGUGCAAUUGAUAAAGAUGAUCCACCAAAUGGUCAUCAGUUCUACUUCAGUUUAACAGCAGAAGCAGCAAAUAACCAUAAUUUUACGCUUCAGGACAACAAAGAUAACACUGCAACUGUAUUAACGAGAAGAAAUGGUUUCCGAAGACAGGAACAAUCUGUUUUCUACUUACCAAUAUUCAUUGUGGACAGUGGAUCACCUUCACUUAGUAGCACUAAUACUCUCACCAUAAGAGUCUGUGAUUGUGAUGCAGAUGGUAAUGCUCAGACAUGCAAUGCAGAGGCAUACAUCUUGCCUGCAGGACUUAGCACUGGAGCCCUGAUAGCAAUAUUAGCUUGUGUUUUAACACUGCUGGUUCUUGUCUUGCUGAUUGUCACCAUGAGGCGACGGAAAAAAGAGCCCCUCAUUUUUGAUGAAGAGAGAGAUAUCAGAGAAAAUAUUGUCAGAUAUGAUGAUGAGGGUGGUGGAGAAGAAGACACUGAAGCUUUUGACAUGGCUGCCUUAAGAAACCUCAACAUCAUCCGAGACACCAAGACCAGGAGGGAUGUGACACCUGAGAUUCAGUUCUUGAGCAGACCGACUUUUAAAAGCAUCCCAGAUAAUGUAAUUUUUAGGGAAUUUAUCUGGGAGAGACUAAAAGAAGCUGACGUGGACCCUUGUGCACCACCCUAUGAUUCCCUGCAGACAUAUGCAUUUGAGGGGAAUGGCUCGGUGGCAGAGUCACUCAGCUCAUUAGAUUCAAUAAGCUCAAACUCUGACCAGAACUAUGAUUACCUCAGUGACUGGGGCCCUCGCUUUAAAAGGCUUGCAGAUAUGUAUGGAAGUGGUCCAGACUGUUUAUACUCAUAGCCUUGGAAUCUUUCUCUGAAAAUGCACUGAGAAAUACUAAAACAAAAUAUCUCAACCUUACAGACAGAAGAAAGUUGUAAAUACUUCUCCAUUUUUAAUUUUUUAGGUUCUUUUUUUGCCUUGGUGGAGCAUACCCGCAUUAGACUUGUCCUAGAGACUGCACUGACCACAAAGUAUAUAAGCAUUUGAUAUCAUUUUUAAUAAAAUGAAAUGCUCAGACACAUUCAAAUUGAUAGCAACCCUUACAAACCUGCAGAGGCAACUCACUUUCAAGAGUCUAUGCACUGUGACCUCAAUGAGUCAAUUACACUCUGCAGAUGCCUUCACAGUAUUGCUAUGUCUAGAACACAAAGUUGAUGGUAGAUGUAUUAAAAGCAGGAAUUGUUUUUUUAAAUUACAUAUUCCAGUACAGUACAAUAUACAGGAUUUGCAAAUGAAAACUUUCUAGCAAAUUUUCAUUACAAUGUUGUAUACAGCUUCCUAAGCUAAAAGCAGAAGACAGACAUGAAAAGAAACAAAAAUGCUGAUCAUUUUUGUUUGUCCCUGUUUUUUUUUCGAAUCAAUUUAGUGGGAAAUCUCCAUAAAUUUUGGGGUAGAUUUAUGAAAAAUAAAAUUGCAAUUUAUUUUAAGAAAUUCCAAAUUUGUCAUCAACAUACUGGAGUAUUUUAUAAACCACAUAAAAUGAGAAAUAUGGAGGGAUGUCCUUAAGGUUGAAAAGUUUUGUGAUGCUUAUGUAGGUAUAUUUAAGGUGUUGCUAUCUAUUUGUUAUUUUUUAUUAUCUCUUCUGAUUUGUACAGGAGAAUUUAUCCUUUUUUAUUAUUAUUUGACAUAAAGCAUUAUAUUUAUUUUGGAGCUCUAAUCUCCACUAAAUCCAGGUCCAUUUGACUGCCUCACAGUAUUAGACUUGUCAGAACAUGCUGAUUUUUCUCCAGUCUCAGAUAAAUGUAGGAAAUGAAGCAUGGAAAUGGAGAAAUUACAGUAAAGAAAUUGAGCCCACCAUUCAUCUCUCAGAAAGGAGAGCAGCUACAAGGACAUGCAGUUGUUCUUCUGAGCCAUUACAAAGUCUGAAACAUUUAAAUAAAAUAUUUGUAUCUUGCAUUUUUGGAAAGAAGACUACAGAGGUUGCUGGGAGUGUUAUUAAAGCAAGAUUUAAUUUCAAGGUCAAACAUCCUAAAUGCUUCAAAGACUGCUUUUCUCCCUCCGUUUAUCUUUUGCUGCUGAUGAAUCACAGUAAAAGACUUUUAAAUUUCUUUCUUAUGUUAAGCAAUGUAAUACUAUUAACUCCAGAAGCCACCUUUAGAUCUUUCUGCACACAUGUAUUUUCCCCAAAAGUGUUGUCUCAGUACACAUAAUUUCUACAAUGUUUCAGGAGUGCCAAAACAGAAGAAUAACUGCUGUUGGUUAAAAUACUGUAUCAUUUUAAGUAGGAUUUCUUAGAAUAAGAUAACUUUUUUAUGAUUCUGACUAUUUAUACUUCAUCUUUCAUGAUUUAUUAUUAGAUAAUAAGGCAUAUAUACCAGUAAACUAGUGUUUUUAAGUAUUCUUUCAGAUUGUUUUGUUUUAGGUAAUCUGUAGAUGAAUUCCUAAGUUAGACUCUGCUCCUGCAAAAUCUUUCGCUUAUACCUAACUUGCAAUGAUUUGACUUGCCAGCAAUUACUGAGAGGUAUUCAGAACUGUUUGUAGAAUUUUAUUUGUGAACAGGAGGUACUCCUCAAAGAAUGAUGCUCACUCUAAAAGUAAUUCUUUCUGAGAGAAAGAUUAUUGUACUAAAAUUCUGAUAUAUGAGUGACACAAGGCUGGGAAAAGGGAAAUCAAGGUUUUGGAAUUUUUGUAUCCCAGCAGUAUCAGUUAACUAUGUGAAAAUGGCCUUCAGCUUCAUCAGAGAAAAGCAAAAUAAUUUUAAUAAUCUGCAACGUAGAUAUUUAAUUUUGAAUUACAUUUUGGUAGACAA